AUGGACUACCUCGAGAACAGCAGACCAUGGAGGCGUUAUCACUAUCUAGAAAGGCUUGAUAUACCGCAGGAGCUGUUGAAUGCCACGGAGUUGCUGCUAGCCGCCGGUUCCACCAUUGCCGAUUCCUCGGAAGCAAGGGAUAAAAUGGUGAAAUUAUUAGCAGGGUUCCUCAACACUGGCAAUGUGUUCAUGGCCGACUUAACGCUCGAGGCGUUUGCUCAUCGAAGACGGUAUCUGCAGAAACUCGCACAAAGACAUCUCCCGCGCCAUUUCUGGCAUAGAAACGGCGUCAGACCCGACAGAGUUUUGGACGAGAAGGCGUUCGAAGUGGUCCAUGCACUUUCAAAGGCCGGGGCCAACAUUCCCUCCGCUUUUUACAAGAGGAGCCGUGGGCAUUUCCUGUCAAGGGUGUGGGAGCCCAGAUUGCAAGAGAUCAGCCGAAAACGUGCUCAGUUGUCGGAGGAAGAGAUUGCGGGUUUCGAAAGUGUGGGCGUUAAGGUGGAGAUUGACGACACGGACAUCUUGCAAGGAGUGCAAUUCGACGACGAAGCUCAAUCCCACGACGAAGGCCAAGCCGACGACGACGAUCAGCUAGAUGAUGACCAAGAGGGACAACAGGACGGAGAUUAUAACGGCCAAACCAUCGAAGGCAUCGAUGAUAUCGAGGUUGCAGAGAUUCUGACCGAACCAGCGCGUGUCAACGGCCUCGAGGACUACGAUGUUUGGUUCAAGAUGAUCGGCAGGCCAGACCAUCGGCUGGCAUCAGAGCAUGAUUGA